AUGUCUGUCCUCCGACAUGGAGGUUCAUACCUCCAGAGACGUCUCACCAAGAUGUACUCUGAUACUAAGACAUCCUGCGAGAGCGUCACGACGGCCUCGAAGCCAAAUGACGACCCGGAACUAGUGGCGCUCCAUCGCAAUUACCGGAUCCAGAAAGAUAGACUGCUUGCGUGGGGUCUGGAUUGGAGUGACGCCAGCGCCGCGCAACCGAACGAUAUCGAUGAGUCGCUCACAGAGGCUGGCUUCAGCGACGUCGUCGCCAGCGUCAUGUCCUCCAUCCAGGAGCUGCUCAAUGAAGCAGAGCGUCUGCAACAUGUAGGUGGGACGGAUCUUCCACCGAAGGGCAGUCAGGGCGAUUUGCCUGCGAAAGAUAAUCUGAGCAAUCUUCCCGCCAAGACACGUUGGACUGAUGAAGAUAUCAAUCGAUCCAACGCACUGUUGAAAGAUCUGACUGCAUGCAUUGACACCCUGUACGAUCUGUCACAGUCUCGCCGGAACAUGAGCAUGAGCAUGUCCUCGACCGGGCAGACUAGCGCCAAGCCCAAGUUGCGACCGACUCCUACUCCACGGGGUUCGAAGUCAUCAGAGGACCAUUCCUACUCUUUCUCUGGGGAUGGGAAAUUGCAGAAGGAAUUCCAGGGGAGCAUCGCGGAGCCUCUGGAGACAGUCAGCAGUCCUAAGCAGCAGCAGGAAGUCUUUGAGCACUCGCCAUUUACCAAUUUCAAAGUUGCCCCAACGGCUUUUGCAGAGAAACCUGGCAGAGAGAGCGCCUUUGAUCGUUCAUUCAGUUCGACGAAACAUCUGUUCAUUGACCGGUCUGCGCUGCAGCUCUCUGGGGCCUCACAUGCCAAGAGUCCGCCGCCAUAUGAGGUGAUCGCUGCGUCUGCGAAUUCCAGGGUUAUAGGGCGUAUGAAGACAGAGGCAUCGCCGUUCCUAUCCAGUCUGACCUCUGAAUCGACAGUUCCUAUUUUGGCGGAAUUUACUCCGAUGAUGCUGGAGACUCAAAAUGCGAUCACAGUGCCUGCAAGCCAGCGGCUCGAAGAACUGCAUAGAUCACUGGAUCAACUGGUUGAGAACGCAAGAGUGUCGCAUCUUGGACUCCUGAGAUUUCUAGGAUAUUAUAUUGACAUGCCAAACUCGCGAUAUGCGUUCAUAUAUCAGAUGCCGAUGGACUAUUUCCCGUUCUUGCGCAACCCAAGUGAUCUGAUGAAAGAGCUUAAGCCAAAACCGCUGGUUUCUUUGUUUCAUUCAGGUGACGACCAUCAGGAUAUUCCGGUGCCGAAUCUGGAAAACCGCUUCCGCCUCGGGUAUAAUCUGAUUCUGUCAAUGCUUCAUCUGCGCAGCCAGAACAUCGUACAUGGGAAUAUCAAUAGCAGCAACAUCCUUGUCUUUCCCGGUCUGAACGAAUCUGAGCAGAACGAGAUCGGGAACUUGACAGAGGAUCUCCGACAUCCUUACCUCACUUCUUUUGCACAAUUCUCCGGUGAUGGUCUGGCGCAAGAGCCGCUUUCCUCAGGGAUGUACCGUCAUCCAGAUGACAAAAGACUUAUCGACGACAAUGCGGCCUGGGCUUACGACCUUUACUCUUUAGGACUGGUCUUGCUGGAGAUCGGACUCUGGACCCCCAUCAGCAGACUGUGGAAGAUGAAGUACAAUAACGCCAUGUUCAAGCAAAGGAUUGAAAACGUUUAUAUCAAGAAGCUGGGAGCGAAAUGUGGAACGGCAUAUCUCCACAUGGUUCAGCUGUGUCUUGAUGCUCCAAACUUCCAUCUCUCGCCUGAGCCUAUGGGUGACCUGAAUCUCCGCGUACCUGAGAUCUGUCACUACCCAGCGCAAGCCUUGUCAGAAUCCGAUGGCGCGUUUGCAUUCUCUCUCGACUUCCUCUACACUAUCAGCAAAAUCAUCUGGCGCUGUUGUCUCGUAGACAUCUUCGAUGCGCCUCCUGCGGGUGACCUGGACGAGAAGCUCCCCAUUGCCUUACCCCCUAGCUUGACGAGAGAGGCUACAACCGUCCGGUCAACGGAUCAGAUGGAACCGUUUCAGACCCAUCCACCCGUCGAACAAAACAGCAGAAUGCCCUUGGGCGAUGUGAAAAUAUCCAAGAUCGACGACGGUGACAAGAAGUCGAAGAAAAGAAGCCUCAAAAAGCUAACAAAUAUCGAAAUACCCCAGCAACAUUUGGAUGAAUGGAACUUCAACAUUAUGCCUCGACUGAGCAAGCUCCUGCAGAAAGUGUUGAAGGACUCGUCAGAAUCGUGCAGCGCUAACCUCAUGGUAACCGGCGACGGAGUUGAGAGUGCAAAGACCACAAUAUGCGUGACAUGCUCCAAUGUCAAGAAGGUCAGGGCGGCUCUCAAGAAAUAUUUCGUGAUUGACAAGGACGGUUGGGACCUGAUUGUACUCCGCGGUGAUAUAAAACGAUCCAAGGUGCCUCAUCGAAGACGCCGCAAGGCUGGGGCUGUAGAUGACGUGCAUGAGAAUCAUCCAAUGGACCUUAACCCUUACUACCAGCAGAAACCAGUAUGUGGUGCCUCUAUUGGCGCUUUUCGGAACGAGGAGCAUCUGCCACCGGUUUCAUACGGUGGAGCGAUUCUGGUGGAUGGCAUGCCAUUUGGGAUGACUGUGCACCACAUGCUCGAUGCGCCCAGUGAUGACGAAGAAUACCAGGAUGAGGAUGCCGACUGCCCACCGCGUUCUGCUGCGAACGGUCAGAGAGGCAUAGAACCUUCGAGCGCGGAUUUCGCAUUUACGUGGUGUGAGGAGGACUUGCCAGAAACCAAUUACGAAUUUGAGAUCACCGAUGAUGAGGAUGAUGAUCGUCUCUCCCACGGUAUGGAUGAGACUUUCGAUGACCACUGGCUCUCCGAUGACUAUUCUUCCGAUGAAGAAGGAUUUGAUGGUUAUGACAGCGGUGACGAUGAUGACACUGCUUCAAUCGGAGAUACAGCCGGCGUUGAGCCUGGCGAGGAGCCACAGUUGAUUGUUACUCAACCUGCAAUUGAUGACAUCCACGAGGAUUUCUUUCCCUGUCCUGAGGACCGGGAUGAUGAACACCUAGCGUCGCAUUCGCUCGGAUACGUCCAUGCCUCAUCAGGAGUGAAGCGCUGGACUCGAAAGGGAAUGAAACAUGAAAUCGACUGGGCCCUUAUCAAGAUGCACGACAACCGCAUGGAUACCCGUAAUGUCGUUUCGGGUCGUCCUACUGGAGCGGCUCCUCAGGGAUUGCCACAGAGGCAUGGCCCGGGACAGGACGUCCAUCUGAAUAGGGUGGCACGGUUGGAGGAGCUCGGUGGUUUGAAGGUCCAUUGCUGUGGCCGGACCAGUGGUCUGCAGAGUGGACAGAUCUCGAAGGCAAUGACAUUGGUCAAGAUGCAUGGACGGCAUUCCUUCUCUACUAGCUUCUGCGUCGACGGGAACUUUGGAGUUCCUGGUGACUCUGGCGCUUGGGUGUUCGACAAGGCGACUGGCCGAGUUUGUGGACAUGUACUCGCCUGGUCUGAGAAGAAUCGUGUGGCUUACAUUGCGCCCAUGGAGGUGCUCCUGGAGGAUAUCGCUCGUACCCUUGGCGCGACCAAGGUUACUCUUCCUGGUGGUCCAGAAGAGCCCGUUGCGCCUGCUGUCCCGCAACCAGCUGCCAUUGAGUCGUACUCCAGACGCCGCCAGCCACACGUGCAACUUAUGGCUGAUCGGCUUCCUGCCGAACUGGGAAGACUGAGCCUCGGUGGUUUUGAUGAGCCUGCUCUCAGCCGAGUAGGUACGGGACGUGGUCUCAGGGAUGUCUCGUCCACGUAUCGUACCGUCCAGCCCCUCGUGACGCAGACGCGCGGUCUAGGAAGACAACUUGCUUGA